AUGGCGCAUCUUCAUGACAGUCCACUGGUGAAGGUGAACCGGAAACUAAAAGAUCGAGGAGGACGCGCCUCAAGUUUGGCUGACUGGUCGCUGCUUCAAGAUGUACCUGACGAACUACUUGAGAGGACUUCAAGCUGGCUCCAGCAGGAUGCCCCGCCUCAGGCACGACGGGCGGUUGGUGCGCUGGUGGGCCUGGCAGUGGCAGACUGGGUUGGUGCACCUUUGGAAUUCCUCGAGGUCACAGAUGAGCCUAGCGACAGUCGCUGGGACCACGACAGCUUCACAUGCCACAAUCCCAACACCACAGAAAUCGAGCGAGGUGUCCUGAAGCCGGGACAGUGGACGGAUGAUACAUCCAUGGCGUUGUGCUUGGCCGACUCGCUGUGCCUCUGUGGUUGUCUGGAUGGCAGCGAUCUGCGAAAGCGAUUUUGGUGCUGGCACGCUGAGGCCAUGAACACCCCUUGGCGUUUGGAUCCUGAGCGGACAAAGCGUACCAGCUUCGGGCUGGGAUACAACAUUGCUAAAAGCUUGAUCGCCCUUCAUCCAGAUGCCCCGAUCGAGCCCGAGUACCUGAAUCCCGGCAGUAGUGAUUCUGGCAAUGGCGGACUCAUGCGUCUGGCUCCAGUCCCGAUCUUCUACAAUGGGCCUGACCAGUUGGAGGCUGCUCUGGAUGCGGCAGCUAGGUCCAGCCUGUCCACGCAUCCAGGAUGUCUAGCCACCGAGACAGCGCGCUUCCUGGCAUUCCUGCUUCACAGCGCCAUCAAUCGGGUCGAGGAUGGGCUGAGCGCACGAGACUUCUUCAUUAAGCAAAGUGCAAUUUACGCGGCACGCCUUGAUCAGAGCUUGGCCGAGGCCGAUCCCGAGUCUCAGUACGCAGCGGAUUUGCGUGACAUUCAAGCUCUGGCGACUUCGAGCAAGGAGGGUGCCACUGAGCGGUGCUGGAAUUGGCACGAGCCGACUCUGGAUCUUUUGCAGACGUUCAGGGCUCGUGGGGAGAAGUAUAAUGGCCACCCGGUCAGUCGGUGCUAUGCUGGCAGCUAUUGUAUGGACGGCUUGGCGAUGACACUUCACGCUGUUGCCAGCACUGAGUGCUUCCAUCGAGCUGUAGAGAAAGCCGUAAAUUUUCUCGGCGAUGCGGAUACUGUGGGCGCGAUCGCAGGUCAGCUGGCUGGUGCGUUCUAUGGCUUUGAGGGUAUUGAUCCACGCUAUGUGGCUGCCCUCCGAAAUUGGGACCGUGGUGAAAUUGUCUGCCGAGCUGUUUUGUGCUACUGGCACGGAAGAUCUUCGGCAUAA